AUGAUUUGUACAAGGAUCACUGUCAAGGCAAAUUCUUCACUUAUUGGAAUCAUCAUUGUUAUCCUUAUUAUCAUUGCCGUUAUUGUCGCAGCAUUAGCAGACCCAUGCCCAGAUCUGAACAUGCAGUGCAACACUACCGGUGGAUACUGUAAUCACGAGUGCAAGUCUGGCGAAGUGGCUGUGGCGGGGCUCUGCGCAUUCGAAAACUGCUCCUGCUGCGUUAAGGAUACAGAACCCUGUCCAGAUUUGGAGCAACAGUGUGCCUCCAGACACGGAUACUGUAACCCUGAGUGCAUGUCUGACGAAGAAGCUGUAUCGGGGCUCUGCAAAUACGACAACUGCUCCUGUUGUGUCAAGGCAUUAGCAGACCCAUGCCCAGAUCUGAACAUGCAGUGCAACACUACUGGUGGAUACUGUAAUCACGAGUGCAAGGCUGGCGAAGUGGCUGUGGCGGGGCUCUGCGCAUUCGAAAACUGCUCCUGCUGUGUUAAGGAUACAGAACCCUGUCCAGAUUUGGAGCAACAGUGUGCCUCCAGACACGGAUACUGUAACCCUGAGUGCAUGUCUGACGAAGAAGCUGUAUCGGGGCUUUGCAAAUACGAUAACUGCUCCUGCUGCGUCAAGGGGACUGAUUGCCAGCAGACUUCCGAGUGCCAAAUAGCGGACGGACACUGCGACAGGACUUGCGUGGCAGGAGAAACACCGGUUGAUAACAUUUGCCACGAGGGCUGUACUUGUUGCACCGAAGGCUCCUGUCCAGAGACCCUGGACUGCCGCGACAGAAAUGGAUUCUGCAGACCGAUGUGCACGAGCGCUGAGACCUCAAUUAGUGGAAUCUGUGGCACCGAUUCCUGCUUCUGCUGCGUUCCAGGUCUUCCAAACUCAUAAGAUUGGAACAAGAUAUCAGAAGAGCGUUGCCAGCAAAUCUUUUAAAUGUUAGCUUUCAGUAUUUGAGAAAUUGGCUAUUGACUAUAUUGGC